AAGAAGGAAUUUAUUUAGUCUCCUCUCACCCUUAGCAUGAGCUUCACUGCAACCCCGAUCUUUCACACGCAAAGACUCCUUCUGUCUACCAUUCUUUGAUUCUCCAAAGUACUUCAAAUUUUUGCAUCAUCUCAAGACUCUCUUCGCCGAAAACGGAGAAUUAUUUGAGCAGAAAUAUAGAAUUUUGCAUGCACCACUUUGGUGGCAUUUGGAUAAUUUUGCUGAUGCAGACGUGUGACCUUUGUGUUUCAAAUGCUAUGUAGCCAGAUGUUUGAUGGCUGGGUGUGUGCUUUUCUUUUGGUGCUUUCUUGGUCUGUGGAGGUAAUUGAUGCAAGUGCUGGUGAUGCUGAUCCCCGCUACAGGGUUUGUGUAACACAAUGUCAGCAAACUGGAUGUGUUGGCCAAAGAUGCUUUCCAAAUUGUAAAUUUUCUUCAGAUGGAGAACUUUUUGAUCGUCCGUGGUACAUGCAGCAAGGACCACUCUAUAUACAAUGGAAAAAAUGGGAUUGUCAAUGUGAUUGUCGGUACUACUGCAUGGUUGAUAGAGAGAAAGAGAGGGAGUCACAAAACCUUGGCCCUGUCAAAUAUCAUGGCAAAUGGCCAUUCAGGCGUUUAUAUGGGAUGCAGGAGCCUGCUUCUGUGGCUUUUUCUGCUCUAAAUCUUGCAAUGCAUUUUCAUGGUUGGGUCUCCUUUUUCAUUCUUAUAUACUAUAAAUUGCCUCUAAAAGAUGGAAAGAAGGCGUAUUAUGAGUAUGCUGGUCUGUGGCAUGUGUAUGGGUUCUUAUCACUAAACUCCUGGUUCUGGAGUGGAGUUUUCCACAGUCGAGAUGUUGAUCUAACUGAGAAACUAGACUACUCAUCUGCAGUGGUUCUACUUGGAUACUCCCUCAUUUUAGCCAUCUUACGAACCUUCAGUGUUCGGGAUGAGGCUACCAGAGUUAUGGUUGCUGCUCCAUUAAUUGCUUUUGUGACCACCCACGUAAUGUACAUCAACUUCUAUUUACUAGAUUACGGAUGGAAUAUGGUAGUUUGCAUAGUAAUGGCUGUGGGACAACUUUCCAUGUGGGCAGUUUGGGCUGGUUUUAGUAAGCAUCCUUCGCGUUGGAAGCUAUGGUUUGUUGUUUUUUCUGGUGGCCUUGCAAUGCUUUUAGAAAUCUAUGAUUUCCCUCCAUAUCUUGGACUUUUUGAUGCACAUGCUAUUUGGCACGCCACUACUAUUCCUCUAACCUACAUUUGGUGGAGUUUCAUCAGAGAUGAUGCUGUGUUUCGAACCUCUAAUCUUGUUAAGAAGGCCAAGUAACUUCCUUUUCUGCUCACUCAAUGCUUUGAAGAUCACUCUUCUACUCACAGCCAAGGCUGUGUUUGAUGUUGUACUUGUGGGUGCUCAUUUCAUUUGCUACCAUUAGUAUAGAUUUAGUUGCGGAGUUUUGCCUUUACAUUUUGUUGAAAGAUGAACUUGACAUUCUUGAUUAUCACUUCAAGACUGAAAGAUCAUUUCAGGAUUUUGGCAUAUUUAUAUUUAGAUUACUUAAA